GUGGGAUUUGGACGGAAAUGUUCACUACUGCGCUGCGUACAGAAAGCGGGUUAUGUAAACAUUGCUGAUUGGUGGUCGGAGUUCGGGCGGAAGUGAACUACAAGGUGUGCUGUGAUUAAGCCUGGCGGAAGCACGUGUGCAGAGGUGAUGAGAGAAAUAAUCAGCCAUGUGGAUCUGUGUUAUGAAGCAUCUGACAAGUUAACAUCAUGGAAGUGAAGUCUGAGCUGCUGGUUGCUCCAAUUACAGCUUUGGAAUUUAUUGGAGAUCAUCUGCUCGCUGGUGAAGGCCCCAACCUGACUAUAUAUAGUUUAAUCCACGGAAACAAUGCGCAGAUACAUCGGCAGAAUGUGUUGGGACAAUACACAAUUCAUGGGAUAAAACUGUGCAACUCCACUUUUUUGAUAUCCAAAGGUAUCUUCUUAGCUGUGUUUGGCAGUAAGGGAGUGAUUGUUCUUCAUUUUGACACCUGUGACAAGAACGUGAAAUUGUCUGAAAUCUCUAAGCUCCAUAAAUUGCAUGACUGGAUUUGGGACACUCAGUGGCUUAGUGACGAUGGUCACUCAGCCGCUUGUCUUGCUGUAGCACUGGGUCACAACUCUGUAGCUCUCAUUGAUUAUAUAAAUGGGAGGAUUUUGAAGGAGGUACAUUGCUCUGAAAAAUGCAUCUUAUAUUCUGCUCUCUUCUAUGGAGAGAGUUGGGAGAAGCUUGUGCUGGUGUCAGGGACAGUAUUCAAUCAGUUGGUCAUAUGGAGUGUGUCUGACCACACAAAUGAAGAAGGAAGGAUAGAACCCAGAAAAAGGAUAAGUGGUCACAAUGGCGUCAUAUUUAGUAUUUGCUAUGAGAAACAAAGAGGGGUUCUGGCUUCAGCUUCUGAUGACCGGAGCCUUCGGGUUUGGGGUGUAGGGGACCUUGUUGACUUAAAUUCUGAUGCCCAGUGUCUUCUUGAGCUGUAUGGACAUCAGUCACGAGUUUGGGUUGUUAAGCUGCUCCGGGAAAAAAUUAUCAGUAUUGGUGAAGAUUCUGCCUGCAUUGUUUGGAACUAUAAGGGUGAUAUAAUUCAUCAUUUUAAAGGACACAAAGGACGUGGUAUUAGAGCAGUUGCUGCACAUAAUCAUUGUGCUUUGGUAGCCACUGGUGGUGCGGACACAGGGAUCAGAAUCUGGCAAAUGGAAGAAAAACCUUCAGCAAAUGAUCAUUUGGCAACAAAUUUUGAUUCAACUCAAAACAAAGGGUCUCCGAAAGCUAUAGCCAUGGUUGAUACAGACUCUCUCAUUGUAAUGACUGAUGCUGGCUGCGUUUUUACUUAUAACUUAAGCUCCAAAGAGUGGAGUCUUGUGUUAAAGGAUGGUAACUACAAGUCAUACAGUCUUCUUGGUGCGUUGAAAUACACUGACCAUGUUCUUUGCGCAAUUGGUAACAUAACAGGCAGCAUUAAAAUCUUCACACUUUCAUCUUCUAGAAGUUGUAUGGACAUUAAGUAUUAUGACGGUAAAAUUCACAGUUUGACCUGGGUGUCACCUGUGUUUCAGGGAUCAGACUCUUGUAACCUUUUCUCGUCUGGUCCAGAUGGAAUAAUGGUUUGGACAGAGGUGACAUGUGAUUCUGAAGGUAUCAUGUCUGGGAUAGAAAGAGGACGGUUCUCUUUGCCCGUUUGCAAGCAUAGGUGGCACACCAGUAUUGCCUUUGUACCCAAUCAGGAUCUCAUUGUAUGUGGAGAUCGAAGAGGAUCUUUGUUGCUUUAUCCCACAAAUGUUACUUCAGAGAAUAGUAGUGAAGUUAUUAAAUCAGGCAUCAGUGUUUUGCAGGCUGAUAGUACAAAACAUUUGACUGACAGCUUAAAUUUUAUAACUAAAGAAGAGAUUCAUAGUCCACCUCUGGUCCAUUCCAAUUUAAAUCCCCUGGCUCCGGUUUCACUUCUGUUUGGAAUUCACGGCAAAUUGGGAGUGACGUCUGUCAUUUGCCAUGAUGGCUUUGUGUAUAGUACUGGGAGGGAUGGAUUUUAUCGUCAGCUGAGAGUAGAAGGACAUCAGCUAACCAUGCUCCGUAAACAGAAGUCUUGCAAAGGGAUGGAGUGGAUUGAGCAGCUUUCUUUUACUCCAGAUGGCAACUUACUGGUUUUGGGUUUCCAUUCCACUGAUUUUGUUGUUUGGAGUACAAGGACAAAUGAGAAACUUCACUGUAUCCCGUGCGGUGGAGGACAUAGAUCAUGGAGCUACAAGGAGACGCCUUACAAUGACACCUUUGUCUACAUAAAAUCCGGUGACAUAUUUGCCUAUCAAAGCAAUCCAAUGAAAAAGAUCCAUAACAUAUUAAAGGAACCCAUGCAUGGCCGAGAGCUUACAUGUGUUAAGCAUGUUGCAACUUUUAAGUCUGUCAACUAUGGACCGCUCCAGAUUCUUAUUACGAGCAGUGAAGAUACCACUGUUAACAUAUUGUGCUUCAGUGAGGUGACCAAGCAAAUGUGGCAGCUCACCAGUAUCAGCGAUCACCUUUCUACUGUGAAAACUCUGGCAAUUGAGGGAGACUUGAAUGAGGAAUGUGACAGUCUCUCAUUUGUGCUCUUUACUGCAGGUGGGAGGGCAGAGAUUGAGUGCUACCGUGUGUGGGUCAGCCAAGUGACAGGUGUACCGAGUGUUUCAUGUCAAGUGGUGCAUCUGGCCUCUCACAGGCUGGAUGAACACUGGGAUAGAAUGAAGAAUAAGCACAGGGUUGUCAAGAUGGAUCCAGAAACAAGGUAUAUGUCCGUGAUAAUCCUUGGCGGUAAAACUCACAACACAAGAGACGUGUCCCCAUACUUGUUCCUGGCUGCUGCCUGCAGUGAUGGAUCUGUAAGGUUUUUUGUGAUGUGUGAAGAUUCGCGCAGGAUAGUGCUGCUGGCGGAAUCGUUUUAUCACCAGAGAUGUGUGCUGAAGCUGGAAUCAUUUGUGCACCGAUCAGCUGACGGACAGAGCGUUUUCCUGUGUAGCGCAGCAACUGACGGACAUAUUGCUUUCUGGGACGUUACAAACACCAUACAGCAAACUCACAGGGUGCUGCAGGAGUCAUCAAGCGAUGUUCAGCCACUCGAUCUUGGCCGUUUGUGCUGCACCGUGCGCAGCCAUCAGUGUGGAAUCAACAGUCUGCAUAUCAGGGCGACCACAGAUGGACAUUUCCUUGUGGCGAGUGGAGGAGAUGACAACUCUAUCCACAUCUCUCUUGUGACUGCAGAUAAAACCUCUGAUGCCGACCAGACGGUGCACAUACAGCUCCUCAAAGAAUUCUCUGCCUCGUCAGCCCACGCUGCCCACGUCACAGGCUUACGCAUCCUCAGAGAAGACCUCCUGGCAUCUGUGUCUGUGGACCAGCGUCUCAUCCUGUGGCUCAUUGGGGACAGUGGCCUGCAGCAUUUGACUACCAAAUUCUGUCACGUGGCUGAUGUGGCAGAGUUGGACUGCUGGACUCUCAACAAGGAGGAAUACUUGUGUGUGAUCUGCGGUCAGGGACUGGAAAUUAUCAGGUGUAUAACCAGAGAACCUGUGGAAUUUUUAGAUUAGAUUCUGCAACACAAUACAGAUGUUAGAUAAUCCAAUUAAGGAAAAUAAAAAAAAAAUCGUUUUUAA